AUGACUUCGAACGAACCAUGCGCUACAGUUCCAUCUUGCGUGAAAAUUUUGAUGCUACAUGGGCAUGGCCAAUCUGGACAAUUUUUUCGAUGCAAGACUCAAUUUAUGCACCAGGCCAUAAGGCAGGUUGUGCUUAAAGCUCUACAGGAAAAUCCACGUCGAGGUCAAGUUGACACGGUGGAGUUUCAUUAUCCCUCAGGCAUAUUGCCAGCUAACCCGGAUCAUCCCCGAGGAGAAAGCAACGACAUGUGGGCAUGGGGAAAUGGCGAUCCUGAGUUAGACAUUAUCCGAGGUUUGGAGCAGUCCAUUCAAUACAUCUUCCGGUUACUUGAGCAGCAUGGUCCGUUUAUUGGAGUCAUGGGGUUUUCAACAGGUGCUGCCUUGGCCGCUAUUAUUGCUUCGCUUUUGGAAAAAGAAAAGCCGGUCUACGGCUUUCAAUUCGACACGUUUCACCCUCCUUUGGAGUUUGUAAUUUCUUUCAGCGGAUUUAAGCUGGAAAAUCCCGAUUACAAACAUAUAUACAGUCCGAAAAUUAAAACACCGAUUCUGCACAUCAUUGGAACCCUGGACACAAUGGUCAGCACCUCUCAAUCUUUAAGGCUGAGAAAGUCUUGCGCAAAUGCAUCUUUACACUCUUUCCACGGAACACAUUACGUUCCCCGGACCCGGCACUUCUUGAAAGCCUUGGCUCAAUUUGUUGAAGAGACCUUAGGUAGCGAAGGGUAUAACGAGGGAGAUUGGGAAGACUGCGAUGAGGAUUAA